AUGGCUCCGAACUCUUUGUCACCUUACGGUAUCACCGAGCAGGCCCAUGCGGAAGAAGUGAGGGAAGAUACUAUAUUCAACUACCAAGCGCCUUCAAUACAUCUUCUUCAAAUCGCCUACAACGGCCACUUUUGCGGAUACAAUGUCAUGGUUGAUCAGGAUUUGAGUCCUGAACAUGCACAGCUGAAGGCUCUUCUCAGCGGGCCAUGCAAGCUUUACAUCCUUAAUCUCGGGUUCGAGUUGGACAAAGAACUCCAGAAGAUCGAUAUGGAGCUUGGCCAACGCUUCAACCCCCUUGAUGCUUGGUACCCCAAUGGAGAAACGCUUGAGGCUGUAGCAAUGCAGCAUACGAUUCCCGAAAACAAAUGGCCCAAGAGGCUCAGCUGGAAAAACAUCAAAUCUGAAUACGCCGCGGUCCAGCUCUCGAUCAUCAAACUCUCGGGAGACAGCCACACUUCCUACCUGGGUAUCUUGUACCCGUCCAAAACCAAUCUCCGAUACCUACCCAGUGAACAUCUCCGUCUGAAGAUGAAUCCGGACGAGGUAUAUCCCGAGAAUGAUUGGGUAUAUCUGGACCAAGCGCCAAAGACGGUUGACGAUGUUUUUGCAACUGUCGAGCGCUCUAUCCAGUCUAAUGCAUCGUUGCAAAAAGCGUCAAUCGAGACCAGAGUAGACGUUAGCGAUGGUGUCGGCCAGCAACGCAUGCAAAACGGUCCAGAAGUUCACGUUGCGACUUUCACGUUCGAAGGAAAUGUUUUUUUCACGCUAGAUCCUGAUAUCGAGCGUCUUAUCCUGGGAAAGGAUUCGCAUAACCUCCGCCCAUGAGACGUCUACGACACGCUGACGGAAGAUAAGCGCCUUCUCGACGAAAUGCUUAUCAAGGUUCAUGGUAAACUAAGCAAAGAGCAAGCAGACGUUCUAACGCAAAGUCUAAAGGUGCCAGCAGGCCAUGUCGUCAUCCAGGACUAUGUUGGUGCAGGAAAGACAUUCCUGUUUCAGAUGCUCAUGGCUGCCACUCUUGAGAUUUCCCGAAAGGUACGGCGCAGCAGUCCCAGCCCAUCCACCGAAGCAACGAGUCCCAAACAGAGCAUGGGAAGCAAAAGCAACACCGUAUGGUGAGGCGCGAACAUCAGCACCUCUACGUUGCACCUACCAAUGCCUUGGUGGACGACGCCAUCAAGUCGACUUACGAGUUCAUCGGUUUCCUAUCCAGGGGGCACAGAAUCAAGCGAGAACCCUGUGUUAUCCGCCUGCUCAACCCUAAUUACAGAUUGCCUUCUUCUUUUACUAACGAU